AUGCAGGAACUUUCAUUUACUGCAAAUAGAUUCAAGGCAAAACAGUCGCCACUGACCGAUGAACACCCAACUCCAACUGAUGUUCCUCAAAAACAAGGGAUCAGUUGUAAAGAUAACAUUCUAUUCGAUUCGGAAUACUACACAUUGAGCAAUGAGUAUAAAUCAAUUCCUAAAUUGGACGAAUUUGAGACGAUACUAGACUUAAAAGCUGUCUCUCCUUUAGUGUCAGUUCUAACUACAAACUCUAGAAUUCUUGUUUAUAACCAUGAAAGCUGCAGUUCUGUUACUCAUACAUUUGAAAUUCCUUACUCCCCGAACUCGUAUAACCUCAUGCCUCUUUCCGCUAUUAUUUCCAAUCCAUUGAAUGCACUAAAGCCUGAUUUAGUCGUUAUUGACCCUAUUUCUGGUGAGUUCCAGUUUUUUGAAUCUAUCAAGUUAGUGCCAUCUUUGAGUGUCUUACAAAACGUUGUGAAGGAUAGAAUAACCCUUUACAAUGCUGAAUUUUUAACUGGUGUUCAGCUGUUCCAAGAAAAUAGUAUUCUUGUCACGACUUCGCAGAAAAGGGUCAUUGAGGUAACAUUCAAGGAUCAGUUAGGUAAUGUUUCCAUAAAACUCAACCAAGUUUACAAUAAUAGGCCCUUAAUCAGCUCAAUACUUUCUAAGACACACAGUAUUAGCGAGAUUGAAAACUCUAGUCAUAUUGUUAGCAUUAAAACAUAUGAUGCCUCGCCAAUAAUGAAAUCCAUAAUUGUCCUUGAGUCUACAGGCCGUGUUGUUUUCAUUAACCAUUUGAAAGGUAGUUCUUCAUUCAACUUGGUUGCACAGCAUGACAUGGAGCUAAUUUUGUCCAACGUGGGUCUCAGAUUUUUAGAUUUUGAAUUCCUAAAAAAUAGCAAAAUUGGUGUAUUUUUAACGAUUGAUCUGAAAGAAAAUAAUCUAGUAUCAAAUGUUUUCUAUUUUGAGAAUUCACAUUCAGUACCGAAUAUGAUAAGUAAUAAAAGUGUUCCCUGUCUUAGCCUGGAUGAAGAAAUCAUUGAUCCAAAGGUAUUUUCCUUUAACCUUGAAAAGACCUUGUUAGUGAAAAAUGAUAAGAAGCUAAUUAUAUUCGAUCCAAAUUUUGAAAACUUGGCUAGCCCUUGGGUAGAAGUUUUGGCUUUGAAUCAUUCCUUGAUCAUUUAUUCUGCAGAAAAGCUUCCGGGUUUGAAUGAUAAGUUGUUUUUGGCUACAAAUGAAGGCCUACUUACUUUCUCCUUCAAAGAGUCAGGGAAAUCUGGUGACAUCAAUGGAUUUUUGAAAGAACAUAUUAACCAGUAUCUUCAAUAUAAUAAAAGUGAUGGACCAUUGAUCUUUGACCUGAAAGAAACUUCUUUAGCGAUUGCUACUACAAAUAUUAGAGACGUUCUUUCCGAAAUAUAUGAUGAGUUGCUUGAAAAUAAAUCUAAUGCUUCUGGUUUUAGAAGCUUUGCAGAUAGUAAUCUUGAAAGAAGAGUUUUUUUGGUGAAAAACUUGACUGCUUACACCCAACGAAAUUAUGAUAUACAGAAUGAUGAAGUACUAAGAACUAAAAUAUUGAAAUCCUGUGAGCUUCUUGCCCUAGCCAAGAACUUUCUUCACUUGAAUACGAAUUAUAGCCUGAUUAAUGAUAGUGAUAUGCUAGAUCAUUUAAAGAUUGGAGUUCCUCUUACUGAUUACCUCCAAAAUAACACCAAAAAUGUCUUGACUCUCAUUUCAAAAUACGUUAAUUACAUUUUAAACUCGGGUACAGAGAACCAAGUGAUUCAACUUUCAUCUCUUUUGAAAGAAUUAUUUAUAAACUCUAUUAUAAAACUUGAUGAUGAUGUCAAGCAGUUAUUAGGGGGUAGUAGUUUGUCCAGUGUUUUUGUGGAUCAUUUUGAAUUAAUAAAUAAUGUCAAUGUCAUCACUAGAAAGAUUUACAAUUUGGCAAGUGAGACAACCGAUGAAAAUGUUCUAGCUGGCUAUAACCAAACUUUGAUUGGGCUAUCAUGUUUUUUGUAUUACUCAGUGAACGAAAUUGUUGAAUAUCUUUCUACAAGAGGAGGUUCAGCUCUUGUGUUGUUUGACGAGCUGCUAACUAAGGAAAAGGAUAAAUGGGUUCAUGUGUUUGUUGUAAUGAAAAAACAAAGAGACAUUUUGCCACUGGUCAAUAAAUAUAAAGACUUUGCCGGUCUCUCGGCACUCUUAGAAAGUAUGAGGGAAGACAUUCAAACAUUAUUUGAAAGCGAGGAAAUAUCAGAAAUUGAGUUUGCUAACAUGGCUACAGAUGUUGAGAUAGAAUUCGAUAGAUAUUUCGAGUAUUAUGGAUAUGAGUUUGCUGAAGCUUUGUUUUCUUAUUAUAAGCAAAAUCACAAGGUCAAUAUAAUGCUACAAAAUUUUGAUAAGCACUCAGUGCAUCUAGAAAGAUUUCUUGAGUCUGAUUUGAGUAAUUAUAGUUUUGGCUGGAUCCAUGAUAUCAUGAAUCACAAGGUAGGAAAUGUCUCCAAUAAAAUGAUAGAGGUGGCUUUGGAAUAUUCGACUUCUUUGCGGGAAAAGAAAUUCCAAUCAAGUCUAGGAAAAUUAGCCACUGUGUUACAAAUGAAUAAUUCUUCGGAGCAGAAUAGCAAUAACCUGAUGGAUUGCUAUAAUGCAAACCUUUCUAUUACAGAUGUCCAAGAAUGUAUAUACUACUGCAUGCAAGAAUUAGGAAUGUUUUCAAACAGUCAUGCUUUAGAUGCUUUGAUUGAUUCACCGUAUAUUCGGUCCAACAAUUUCAACGAAUUUCGUGAAAGAUUGAAGGAAAUUUAUUUUAAACUAGAACGUAAAGGAUCUCUUGACAUACUUGAGAUCGUUGAUUUUGUCUCACUUGGAUGUUUUCAACCAAACAUUUUAACAAAUGAGGUUCCUAAAAAUGGGGGAUGUGAUUCUACGGGUAGAAUAGUUUUGGAAAUAUACUGCAAAACUCUACAUUUAUUAAAAACCUUAACUAACUGUGGUAACAUCAGCUUGAUAGUUGGUUCUCUCUCUAUGUCAGUUUUAUUGAAGUUGUUUCUGAAGCGUAUUUUUAUGAACCGAGAUUACGUUCCCUUGGAACAAAUCGUGCUUGAGCUGGAAAAAGAGAGUCUAAAUAUCUCUUUUAAUGACCAUUCUUUGAUGUUGUCUGAGGAUGAAAUAUACACACUUCAACGCAGGAGUAAUAGCCAAAUAAAAGACUACGAAAAAGAAAAUAGAGUGUCCAUCUCAUAA